AUGAAGAAGAUGCUCUGCUGCUUUCUUGCUACCCAGAAUUUUGACAAGAGGCCGCUUCGGGUCACUCUCUCGCGCAUCAUGCUGUGUCUGUGGCACCACCAAAGCAGCCUCUUGCUGCGCCCCCAUUACCCUGUCCCCCUGCCCCUGGCGUCCCCUGCUCCCCGUGCUCCCCUUCCCCCUCUGCACAAGGUACAAUACAAGUCACUCUCUCGCGCAUCAUGCUGUCCCUGUGGCACCCGAAGCGGCCUCUUGCUGCGCCCUCAUUACCCCUGCGCCCCCUGGCGUCUCCUGCUCCCCGUGCUCCCCGUCUUUGCCCCACUCCUCCCCCUGCAUCAGGUGCAAGUCACCCUACCGCGCAUCAUGCUGCGUCUGUGGCACCACCGCUGCGGCCUCUUGCUGCGCAGCAGCUGCGGCCCCAUCACCCUCUCCUCCACGCUCUCCCGCCCGGCUCCUGACCUUUCAGUCAUCGAGGCCGAUUUUAGUAUCGGCAUUGUGGAGAUCUUAAAGAGUGCGGAGGGCAGUGUGCUGUCAGUCACACGAGUAUCUUCAUCAGCUUGCCUCUCCUUCCCGCACUAUUUAGCCCUGCCCAUGUUCCUUGCUGUCUUCUUGUGCUCCUCCCAUCAUCCGUUUCCCUCAACCCCGUUCCCCACUGUCUCCCCCCUCUCUCAGACGGCUGAGGCAGUGCGGGCAGAGGUGGAGGUGACCUAUCAGCCGUGGGUGCCCCUUCCCUCACUUCCCUUUAUCACCACUUCCAACCUCCCUGCACCUCCGUUCUUCCCCAGUCUCCCCCUCUCUCACACGGCAGAGGCUGUGCGGGCAGAGGUGGACGUGACUCUCUCAGCCGUGGACUGGCGGGUGUUCCCAGCCACUCUCGUCCCGUGUGUCCCUCUCCUUCACUUCCCCUUUUCACCACUUCCAACCGCUCUGCACCCCCCUUACGCUCUCUCCCCUCAGACGGCAGAGGCAGUGCGGGCAGAGGUAGAUGUUACCCUCUCAGCCGUGGACUGGCGGGUGUUCCCUGCCACUCUCGCCCCGGCCUCUGCUGCUAAGUUCCACCUCUUUCUCUCCAAAUCCACUGGAAACCCUGCUGCUGCUGCUGCUGCUGCUGCUGCUGCUGCUGCGCACGCCUCUGCUUCGACCCCGAUGGGCCCUGUUUCGCCUGGUUCUGCUGGUGCUGGUGCUGGUGGGAAGGCAGCGUGGGGCAGAAGCAAGGGGGGGCGGCACUCGUUUCUGAGCCGGUCGGGGAGUGUUCUGGGCGUGGGGGCGAGGGGCGGAGGGGGGAUUGGAGGAGCGGGGGGGGUAGGGAGAGAUGGAGCAGCAGCAGCGGGCAGCAGUCCUGGGGUUUCCAGGACUAGCAGCAGGGCAGAAGCAGCAACCAAAGUUAGUGUUGGCAUCCUAGACGAUUCUCUUCUGGAGCUGGAAUGCCCGUGCACGGUGGUAGAAGCAGACGUGCUGGACCCGAAGAAAGUGCAUUUCGGGGAUGAGCUGGGAGAGCGAGUGUUCCACCUCACCCCUGAGGGGGACCUUCGGGUGGCGAGGGUUAGGAGGUUUGAGUGGGAGGGGGUUGAGCAUGUCUCUGUGGUGUGUGCGUUGCGGGUGGAGUUGCCUUCGGUGUCAGUGGGGGGGAAAACAUUGGGGAAGCAGUUGCAGGUGGGGGUGGAAGGGGCGAGAGUGGUGUAUGUGGAGAAAGGGGAGGUGGGGGAGGUGGGGAGUGGGGUGCGGAGUGGUGGUCCUGGGUUGGGAAAAGGGGGUUUGGAAGGGAAGGGAGGGGAAGAGAAGAGAGUGGGGAGGGAAGGUGGGAGGAGGCAGGAUGGGGUGAUAGCAGAGGUUGUGGUGUGCCAGUUACAAAUGGCACACGUGUUGCUUCGGAAGGGGCUGCUAGGUCCGGACGGAGGUCCGGCACCGGACCGGGUGGUCGUUACCGCAGCUGGGCUGGAGGCUCGGUGGGAGCCGGACGUGCAGGUUCUGGUGGUGGAGGUAGGGGAGGAGGUGAAGGAGUUGACGGGUCGGAGAAAGGCUGUGAUAGAGCAAUGGCGGGCGAUGGCAGAGAGAGAAGGGGAGGCGGAGCAGGCACGGGUGAAUCAGCAACAGGCACAGCAGAAGGCAGAGCAGAAGGCAGAGCAGGAGACGCAGCAGCGGGUGCAGGAGCAGAAGGGAGGGAAGGGAGAGGGAGGGGGUGGUGCAGGGAAGCUUGUCACAUCAGGUGGUAGUCUUGAUGCGAGUCUGCUCGGGAGAGAAGGUGGGACUCAGCUAGGUGCGUCAGCUGCAGCAGCAGCAGGAGGCACCAGCAGCAGCAGCACCACGCCCAGGGCCAGCAGUAACAGCAUGGGAGCAUCGCUGCCACCGAUGGCACCCAGUGCCAGUGGUGAGGGCAGGCGCUCCUUUGGAGUUGCCAAGUCCGCCGGUGCUGCGGUUGCGAUCGAGGGUGGUUCUGGGGGUGGUAUCUGGCGCAGGAACAGCGACAGCUGCGUCGGUGGCGCAGGGGCAUCGCCAUCACCAUCGGAUACCGCUGCUGCUGCAGCAGCAGGAGCAGCAGCAGCAGGAGCAGCAGCAGCAGCGGUUGCUGGCGAUUCCGCAGCCCCGGCGAACCCGAGCAAGCCCGUGAAGGCGAAGAAGCCGAAGCCGGUGGUGGCAGUGGAUGUGACGGGGGUGGUGGUGACGGUGGGGAUAGGCGACGAGACAGACAUGCGUGUAGAGGCGAAGGGAUUAUUCUCAGAGGACGCUGCCAUGGGGGCGCUUCUGGAGGGGCUGGCGUUGCGCAUCAAUGGAGCUGCCAUGCUCUUCAGCGAGUCAUUCCAGGUCUCGCGCGUGCCCAGUGCAACGCCAGUGGUGGUUGCACCUCCCACCGCUCCCCCACCACAGCCAGGGGAGAGCACACCUACAGUGUGGGAUUAUGUGAUUCAAGCGAGCUCAUCGCGCUUCAUCCUGCCGUUCCAGUUUGAGGUGCGGGCAGUGGAGGACAGUGCAGAGGACAUGAUGCGCGUGCUCAAGGCCGUCACCGCCGCCCAGAAGAUGGCCCGCCAGGCAAGGCGCUUAAGCGCUGCUAGCCUGUGGUUUGCGUUUGCAGAGCUGGCUCUGAUACCAAUCGAGCACGGGCGGCAAGGCAUGGUGGCGAAGAUUCGCGAGCUAGACACGGUUCCUGCGUCGGACAAGGUACCCAUUGCCAGGAUGUACGGGCGAGCAUUGGAGCUUUCGUGUGUGGGGCUGAAGUUUUCCCUGAGGGAUUUCCCUCUGCCGCUGUUUGCGGCUGCUUCCGCGAAGCUUCGUGGGACGGCGAUCAUGGCGGCGCAGGCCACAGUGUACCAGCCGCAGCAGAAGUCCGACGUGUUUCUGGGAAGGUUCCGCCGGGUGACAGUGCUGCGAACGGCCAGCGGAGCAACGCCUCCGUUGAAAUUCUACUAUGAGGCCGAGGCGGAGUUUGAAUCGGCUGAUCUGUCGUACGGGGUGGGGUACGAGCCGAUGCUGUUUGCCGAUGUGAGUUACGCGGUAACGUGUGCAGUGAGGAAGGGCCAGCCGACGACGAGGCAGGCGAAGGUGAUUGCGGCGGCGGCUGCGGCGGCAGCAGCGGCUGGGAAGCCGUACCCUCCGGUGCAAAACACCCUGUCUGUGCCUGCUCUUGCGGCUGCUGCAGACCCUGCUGCCGCCCCUCCGGUCUGGCCGCCGGUGGAAAGGAGCUUGCCGUGGUGGGACAUUAUGCGGUAUUACAUGCACGGGCAUGCGCAGUUCGUGGCUCUGGACUAUCAGGUGUUUGUUCAGGCGACUGUGGAUCCGUACGAGCAAAACGACAUGCUCACGCUGGUGGGGUCCCGGCUGGUGUUUUCCCAGAAGAAGGGGCAAAUGUUUGUGCGAGGGGAGGAUCUAGAGGCGCACAUGUCGAGCGUUCCGGAGGAUCCGUUAAGGAAGGCAGAUGCGUGGACGCCGGUGCUGGAGCUGGAUAUUAGGAUAGACUGGGAGGUGGAGGGGAAUGGGGACGCGUGCGCGCAUUACCUGCACGCGCUGCCGACGGAACCGGGCAUGAGAACGGUUCUGUACGAUCCGUUCCGGUCUGUGGGGAUGAAUUUCCGGUGGGACUGGCGGUUUUUGUCCAAGGAGCAGGCGAGUGUGAUUCAUAGUAAAGGGGAGAAGAAAGGGAAGAGCAGUGCGGAUGCUGGUGGGGCUGCCUCCUCCUCCUCCCACCGCUUCCCCGAGGACGAAGAUUUCUUCUCGGGCAGCUCAACUGCCCACCGGUCAAGCAGCGGCGGGUCGUUCUCGUCCGUUGGAUUCGAAAACGGCAGCGCAUCCCAGCCUGGUGAUUGGCCGCGAGGAGCAGUAGGAGGAGGAGAUUCAGGGGCGGGGCUGGGUGCAAGCGGGCAUGGGCACUCGCUGAGACACAGAAGAACUUCAUCGGGAGGAGGAAUCGGAGGAAGCGGAGGGAUGGGAGGAAGCGGAGGGUUGGGAGGAGGGUUUGAGGUUGCUGGUGGGGGGGGAGUGCGCCAGCCGACGUUCAACCUGGCGAGCCACGACAUCAAGUGGCUGUUCAAGUUCUACAACCUCAUGUACCUCUCCUCCCACAAGCUCCGGAACUUCGGCCGCCGCCGCUACGGCAUCGCAAGAAAACCCAAAUCCGGCAACCUGAACCUCAGCCAGGUGAUGUCUGAGAUGCUGAUCCGGCUGCAUAUCGCCCCAGGGGCGUGGCGGCAUUACUCGUUCCGGAACCCAGACCCGGCGGAGGGGUUGGUGUUGCUGGUGGAUGAGUUGGUGUAUGAGUUGUGUUAUAGCAGGAACCUGAAGGCGUGGGAUGGGAAGACGAGACGGCCGAGUUUCAAGACGGCGCAUACGGGGCUUGAUGUUGUGCGGAUGAGGAUAGUGGUGGAGGAACCGGGGAGCGGGGAGGGGGAAGGGGAUGGGCAGGAAGGAGGUGGGGGGAUGGAGGGUGGAGGGGGAGGAGGGGGAGCGGGGAGAGGGGGUGUUGGUGGGACGAGUGGGCGGGUUUUGGAAGGGGAUGAAGCUUCUGAGAAGAUUCUGGAGUUGCUGAUGGGGGAGGAUGAGGUGGGAGGGGUGGCUGAGAGGGGGCCACUGGACGACUGCUGGAGGAUCCUGGUCCCGGGGCUAAGACUCCUCCUCACCAUCCGCAACAGGGACGCUCUGUGGGCGUGGAUGGCGGAGUUCCAGCGCGGAUUCGCGUCAGACAAGCCGUCCCCGUCGCGCCAGCUGGCGCAACGCAAGAGGCUGGAGGCGGCCGGGGGGGUGCCGCCGCCGGUGGUGGGGGCGGCGCUGGUGGCGCAACAAGUGGCGGCGCAGAUUGCUGCGGAGAAGGCGGAAAAGGAGGCGGCUAAGGCCGCUGCUGCUGCUGAGGCUGCGGCGGCAGCGGCGGAAGCGGAAGCGAAAGCGGCAAGAGAGGGAGCGGGAGCGUGGAACCGGCAUGAGCUGGCAGUCAUGCUGGAGAACGUGCAGGCCUACGUGGCACCCACUGACGUGGACCUGACAGCUGGCGUGCAGUGCGGGGAUAUGGAGGGUAGCCACCUGCUGAAGCAGGUGUUUCAGCCGUGCACCAUGUACCUGGAGUAUACACGAUACAAGAGUGGUUCACAGGGCGCCCAGAAGAAGCCGCUGAAGGAACCAAAAGUGCGACCCGACGCAGACGAGGAUGAGGAAGAAGAGGAAGAGUACGGGUCCCGCCCCGACGGAGUUCCCGAGGUGGAGGCGGCAGAGGUGAAGGCAGAGCUGGCGCAGCGCGCAGUGAACGCCCUCAUCCAGGACCUCUGGAGCACAGCCGCCCUCACCGCCUCCAGGGCUCAGGGGCCCGAGCUGGCUUAUCCAGGACCUCUGGAGGAGGAGAGGAGUGCGGGUCUUGAUAUUUGUGUCCCUACCUUCCAACACCCCGCCCCCACCCCCCCCCUCAUCCAGGCUGAAGAAGCCAAAGUUCCCGAGGUGGAGGGGGCGGAGGUGAAAGCGGAGCUAGCACAGCGGGCAGUGAACGCCCUCAUCCUGGACCUCUGGAGCACAGCCGCCCUCACCGCCUCCAGGGCUCAGGGGCCCGAGCUGGCGUUUGCUGGAAGCUGGGAUGGAGGAGGAGGGGGAGGAGCGGGGAAUGCGGGUGUGUUUGGGUCGGGGCGGCUGGUUCUAGAGGAGGAGGAUCCGACCCACAAGAGCCUUGUGCUCGCGCCGCCCAUGGUGCUGGUCGCUGCUCUCAAGGGAGAGUACCUCGUGCGCAGAGCUUUCUUGCGGGAGGCGAGGCAGGAGUGCCGGGCGGCGCUGGGGCGGGCGGCGCGGCAGCAGCGGGAGAAGCAGAAGCAGCCGUCGUCUGCAGUGGCGGUCAUAUGGACCAUCGACCGCGCGGCAUGGUCGCUGCUGAGUGAUGGGCACGUGUUUGCAGAGGCGGAGAUUCAGCAUAUGCUCCUGAACGUGGACAGGGAUUUCAACGACAUUGGCAUGGCGUGUUUUGUCAUCAAGUCCAUCGCUGUGCGCAACUGCCUGCCUCAAGCCAAGUCACGCCUCGUGCUCUCCGCCUGGAACCCCCCUCCCGACUGGUCGCGCCAUGCAAUGAUUCGAGUGGUGGGAAAGAUUGGCAAACCUGUCGACGGUGUCUCCCCCAUUGAGACGUUUGAGGUGGAGAUCUACCCGCUGCGCAUCUACCUGACAGAGCAGAUGUACCGAGUGGUGUGGGACUAUCUCUUUGCCAAGGAGCCAGACGAACAACUCAGGAAGCAGGAGAUGUGGGGUCCUGUGGCGCUCCCUGUGAAGCAGAAGGACAAACGCCGCUCCACUGCUCCCGACACCCUCUCCUCCUCUGCUGCUGCUGCCGGCAGUGCUGCUGCUGGUGGGACCUUCCCCAUGUCAACAACUGUUGGAGGUGCGGGUGCGGGGGCCGCGGGGAGGAAGGGUGGGGAGGAGACUCGCCCGCUGAAGCACCAGACGUCAGCUCCGCCCUCUGCUCUGCUGGGCGACGAGACUAUCCGUCGCUCCACCUCUGACACCAUCAACUCCACCGGCUCUGCCUCUGGCUCCCUCCCCUCCUUCCCUUCCCUUGAUCCCCGAUCUCUCAACCACAUCUCUUCUCCCCCCUCUUCCCCCUCAUCCCCCUCUCACCCCACCAGCGCCGCUCCACCACAGACAGCUUCACCUCUACCGGCUCUGCCCCCGGCUCACUCCCCUCCUCCCUCCCUCAUUUCCCCUCCUCUCUCUCCUCUCUCUCCCCUCUUCCCUCCUCAUCCCCCUCUCCCCCCACCAGCGCCGCUCCACCACAGACAGCUUCACCUCCACCGGUUCUGGCCCCGGCUCAUUCCCCUCCUCCCUCCCUCAUUUCCCCUCCUCUCUCUCCUCUCUCUCCCCUCUUCCCUCCUCAUCCCCCUCUCCCCCCACCAGCGCCGCUCCACCACAGACAGCUUCACCUCCACCGGUUCUGGCCCUGGCUCAUUCCCUUCGAACCCCUCGCUUUCCUCCUACCUCCCUUCCUCGCUCCCCUCCGCCUACCUCCCCCUUCCCCUCCUCCGCGUCGCCCUUCCACCCGUCCCAUCGCUCCCAUCGCGCUCCCCUCUGCCCUCCUACGUGGUCAGUCGCUCUCAGAGCAGCCCCACGUUCCGAGCCCAUGCAAGCGCAUUCUCAGCAGACCGAUACCCCACCUCUGCUGCCGCUGCUGGUGCUGCCGCUGGUGCUGUGCUGGGCGGUGCUAUUGGCGUUGAUACUGCUGCUGCUGCUGCUGCUGCGGCUGCUGCUGGUGCAUAUUCUGGUGCCGGUGAUUCUUCUCCUGGCAGGGAUGCCUUCCCUUCCGGGUCUCUUGCAGGUCCCUCUGCUGUUCCUCUCACUCACUCCUCCUCAGCCCCUCUCCACCUGGCGAACCCCCCUGGUAGAGCUGGUAGUGGUGCUGGGCUGGGGUAUAGAGCAGGAGGCAGGGGCGGGGGAAUGGGCGGGUCUGCGGUCUCGGUGUCUCAGUCAGCGAGAGUUCACUUAAGGCCCACACCUUUCCUUUCUCCACUUGUCCAACCCUCACAGGUGGAGCUGCUGAUCACGUACGAGGGCUAUCCCGUGUCAGUCACCGACCUGCGUCUGCUCAUGGACACGUUUGCUCGCACCGAGUACACGGGGCCAUGGCGCCGGCUCUUCUCCCGGCUAAGGAAGCAUGUCAUCUGGGGCGUGCUCAAGUCUGUCACAGGCAUGCAGGGUCGUAAGUUCAAGGACGCGCAUUUACAAGCAGGCAGCAGCACCACCACGACCGCCCCAUCCAAGUCGCAAGCAGCAGCGGCUGCAGCAGCAGCAGCAGAGAUGGCGGAGAGUGACAGUGACGACGAGAGCGCACCAGCAGGAGGGGUAGCAGGGGCUGGGGUGGAUGGGAAGGCUGGCAGGAAAAUCCUCGCAGCAGCAGCAGGGGCAGGAGGAGGGGCCGGUGGGGGAGGAGGGGGAGGGGGGGAGGGGGUGGGUGAUGGGAGUUAUGGUGGGAGUGUGGGGGCAGGAGGGGGAAGGGUGGGUGGGUCAGAGGCAGAUUCUGCUGUUCCUGGUGCUGCUCCCAAUGCUGCGAGUGGUAGCAGCAGCAGUGCUCACAUGGGCAAUGCUUUGGUGCCUAAGCUGUGGACUCCAAAACAGAGUGCAGGUCGCAUUGAUGAAGCCAUUCCGGAGGUGUCUGAAGAUGGAGCUGCAUCAGGGUCCUCUACUGGAGCCGUUGAAGCUAUCAACAGAUCCGUUUCUGUGUCACUCGUCGUCAUGGCUGCCAAAGGCCAAGCUGAUUUAUUGGACUGCGUAGACUGGCCAUCAGUGGAGUGUCUGAACGCAAAACCUGGGAAGAAUGUAGAUAAUGCAAUCAAGCAGGGUUAUAGAGAGGACGAUGGCUUGUUUUUAGAGAGCGACGUCGAUGAGCAACUACUGGUCUACGUCCCAUUCAACCAAGUUGUGAAGCUUCAUUCGAUUGUGAUCAAAGGUCCCGAAGAAGAAGGACCCAAAUGCAUAAAGCUCUACUCAAAUAGGCCGAACAUGGGAUUCAGCAAUGUGAGCGACAUACCGCCGAGUGACACCAUCAAUCUUACAGCUGAUCAGGUUCAGGAAGGGAAGGCAACACCCCUGAAAUAUGUGAAGUUUCAAAAUGUCAGAAGUCUUACUAUAUUCAUCGAGAGCAACCAGUCUGGUGAUGAUGUGACUAAAGUUCAGAAGCUGGCCAUACUUGGAAGCACGGUUGAGACCACCAACAUGAAAGACCUGAAGAAAAUUGACGAUAAACAAGGCUAA